AUGACAGAUUUCCCAAAAUACAAGGCCAACACUGUGUGGUGGAACAGCUCUUCUAUGUACAUCCGCUGCCCACACUGCGACAAGAUCCAUCGACAUGGCUUUGAUGGGAACUAUCACGUCAUACACCAUCGCGCACCCCAUUGCGAGGGUGGUGAGUCUUACACGAUCUGUUUUCCCUCCGAUGGAUUCUACGAAAUCGACAGGAGCAGGGGUUUGUACGUGCGUGCAGGAGCCGACCCCGCCGCGUACUUCGCGCAGUUUGACCCUGUCCCUAAGGUAGACGUCAGCGACCGGCGCAAGUGGACUGAAGCACGGGAGGAAGUUGAGCUAGACGGCCUCGACUUUGGACCUAUUCGCGUCAACAGACUGGACUUAACUGUCUCCGACAUGAUUGCGGCUUUCGCGUAUCGUCAUUCUAGUAUUGAUGAAAGUGAUGCCAGUCAAAACGUCACCGAAGAUGACCGGGAUGGAAACAAUGAAACCACACAAACGGAGAGAGAGAGAAUCACGACAUCUGGGGAAACUGCACUACAUAUGGCCGCUUGUGAGAUGUAUCCAGAAAUGGUCAAAUUACUCCUUGAUUUUGGUGCUGAUCCGAAUGUGAGAACGGUUGACGGACGAACGCCGCUAAUGGAAGCUGCGAUCUGGGGACGCUUGGAAAAUGUGAAGUGCUUGCUUUCCCACGGAGCUGAUAAGUCCAUCACAUGCAUGCGAGAAGGGAAAUGGUUACGUGCUAUCGACUUUGCUGCGGAUACUCGUGAGAAUAGUGAAGAACGAUACGACCGAUCCGGUGAUAAGCAUCAAGUUUAUAAGGAGGUGACGCAUGAAAGAAAUCAGGACCGUGUGGCAAUCGUCCGGGAACUCUAUGAUGACGUUGGAGAGGGAGAAAGUCGGAACACAGCUAUCUUUUCACAUCUCGACGGCUUCGCCCUUACAACCCUAAGUGAUGGGAGGAGUAUCAUUUCUUUACUUGCCAACUUUGACGUACCCAACAGACAUAAGACCAUUGGCAUCCUCUUCAGAGGUGAUACCAUUGGCGGGCCUGGUUUUCCGCCCGUGGCUGCGAUGAGUGGUUGGAAGCACCAAACAUGGACAGAUGAGGUCCUUCGCCUUUGUCGAAUCGUUGGCCACCACCUGCCUGCAGAUGAAAAAGAUCAAGGCAGACCCGGGCAGUUUAAUGCUUGCCACGCAGAGAAGCAAUUGGCUGCUUACUUUAUAAGCAAGCAUGUAUUCCUUUCUCCGGAUUUGGCUGUGGAUGACCUUGGAAUUGACUGCGAGCACCAAGAUAUGCUUGACGAGCUUCAAAAAGUACAACCCCCUGAGAGACUUCAGAAAGGGACAAUUCUUGCUUCUCGUGCGAUAUGUAAGGACUGUAAUGACUUUGUCGAGAAAGUCAAUAUGGCGCUCGGGUUGAUGAUAGAGUUCCGGGGAGUCAAGCAGUACUCUUGA